GAAAGUUAGAUACAAUUGUUACAUGCCAAUUCAUCUAGAGCAACAAUCUUCCAUCUAUAUCCUCAAUGGCGGAGGAAAAUGUCAAAAAACUACCCCCGAGGGUUAUUCAGCACAUGACAGAAUUUGAUACCACUUAUCAUCCCGGAAUAGACCCCAAAGAUCUUAUUCACUCAUGUCAUGACACCGUACUUGGUGAACUCGAUGCCGAGAAUUAUGAAUACCGCCGACAAAAUAAAGGCGAGAUACUCUGUUACAACUGUGGAUUGGAUGAUCAUAACGCCGGAUCGGGGUACUCCUCACGCGUAAAGAUCGUAUAUACCAACAAAAAUACUGCUAUGUGGGAACUUGGCGGACCAGAUGGGCCGUGGCUCCUGAGAGAUGAGAUGAACUUACCCAAAGAGUCCAAGUCGGUAGACUAUUCAGUACAGAAAUUUCUUCGGGAUGCAAAUAUAGGUGUACCUCUUGUGGAAAUGUACAGAUUUGGGGGCGGCGAUGAAAAGUUCAAUUUUACAAUGAUGUCUCGAGCUAAAGGAAAAUUGUUGUCGGAGUUGGCCGAUACUAUUUGCGAUGAACAGUACCAUGAUAUUGAAAUGGAUCUCAUAAAACACAUCAAAAGCAUUCGCCAGUUUACUAGUCCUCACAUGCAGAGAGUAGAUGGGGGAGAACUUCAUGAUAACUACAUUGGAAAUUGCUAUGGACCUCCAUGUGUGAAGACAGGGCGCAAUGAAGAAGAAUGGCUGGAAAUUUUAACUCCUGCGAUGCGCAAAUCACUUUUAUGGGAUAGUUGGAGGGAAGAUAAAUGUGGAAUUGAGAUGCCAUUCAGACGAAACGAGUGGAUCAAAACGGCAGACGCACACAUACUUAAAAUCAAGGCGGACUUCCCAAAGGGCGGACCAUAUGUUUUAACCCACGGCGACUUAAAUGAUACGAAUCUCUAUGCCUCGAAUGAUAACGCGGAUCAAAAAUGGAGAAUAACCGCAAUCCUUGAUUGGGAAACGGCUGGCUACUUUCCUUGGUGGGUAGAACUUCUUCGCAACUCUCGACUACUAUACGGUCCGCCAGAAGAGCAGCUUUCGGGGUUUUGCCCCCCAACAUUCAACAAGGAAGAUUGGGAUCCGAUGAUGAAGGCCAUAAAUGCUGUUCGUAAGCUAUGGCAAAACGGAGGGCAUGUCGGUAGAAGCAGUCAUGGAAAAGGUUGCUAUAAUCGUUGGUAUAGCGAGGAAUUUUGUGGAUGCCAUAAAAUAAGAAGGCAUUAUCUAGAGUGGGAUAUGGGGUGGCCCCAAGAUCACCAUGAUAUAUUUGACCCUGAGCUUUCGGAUCCAGAUGAUGAUCCGAAAGAAACAGAUCGCAUGUACAAGUACGACUUUGACAAAGAUGAGAGAGAUUUUUUGCGGUGGUUCAAGUCAAUUAGUACAUAGUUUGUUGAGCCAGCUGAUGCUUAUCCCAAUCUUUGAGAACUUCGCAUUUCUACCAUAAAUAGUACUGUAGGUACGCCUUCUAUUAGUA